UUUCGUGAUCAUUGCUCGUUUACAUCGUCGAAAUUCAAAAAUAAAUUCUUGACAUUAAUUUCGUUUUCAUAAGCAUGUGAAAUCAAGUUUUAAGGAUAUUUUCCUACCAUAACGAUGGAUAACUUUGUUAAAGUACGAUAGAUUCCAAGAUAUCAACAACAAUGACUGCUAAUCACACAUCGAGAAACGAAACAUCUGCUCAGUGUGAUCUUUUAGACACAUUCGGAUUUUUUAUUCAAGGAUUAUUGGCGAUUGUAGCCUUCAGUACUCUAAUACUAAAAAGAUUGAGAGAACCAAAAGCAUCAAGAAGACCAUUACAAAUCUGGUUUUACGACACAUCUAAACAAGCUAUUGGUGCGUUACUGAUCCAUUUUGCAAAUGUAUAUCUAUCAACACUAUUUACUGGAGAUCCGUGUACAUGGUACUUUAUUAACUACCUUUUAGAUUCAACUGUUGGCUUGUUGUUGAUCUAUGUUUUGCUUCAAAGUACUCAACUCCUUGUUCGAUGUUAUAAAUGGGAUACUCUAAUCCUGGGAGAGUAUGGAAAGCCACCACAGUGUGAGUGGAUUGGUCAAUGUGGUUUAUAUAUUCUUGUAUUGAUUUUGGAGAAAAUUGCCAUAGCAAUGUUGGUCAUGUUAGAUUUCUGGCAUGAUGUACGAAUGUUUAUUUUGAAACCAGUACGAAAACAUCCGAAGUUUGAAGUUGCUAUUGUUAUGUUGAUAGUACCAUUUAUAAUCAAUGCCUUUAUGUUUUGGGUCGUUGAUAACUUUCUCAUGAAGCAAAGAAGAAGCGUGAAGCUAACGAGAAUGGUCGUGUACAGUUUUCACGAGUGAAUUCAUCAAACAAUGACGAGGUUGAAAUUCUUUUACAUACGUAACACAAAUAAUGACCAUAGCAGCUUAAAACAUCAUGAUACCUAAUUGUUGUUCAUUUUUAUUAUGUUUUUUAUAAAAUCAUAAGUACAUAUUUUCUCGCCUUGUACAAUAUCAAAAUAAUUUUUUGUUUUUGGUAUUGAGAUUUGAAAAUACUUGCCA